AUGCACCGACUCAUUUUCAUCUGCAUUCUUGUGUGCGCGAACUUUUGCAGCUAUCGGGACACUUUUGCGACUCCGCAGAGUGCAUCCAUCAAAACUUUGCGCAAUGCCAACCGGAGGAGAGACGACGGCAAUCACCUCACAGACUUGUACCGAAGAGAUGAGACCAUCCAGGUGACAGGCCAUGGCCACGUGCAGAGUCCUCGCUUCCCCGGCAGCUACCCCCGGAACCUGCUCCUCACAUGGCGCCUCCAUUCCCAAGAGAAAACACGGAUACAACUGGCCUUCGACCAUCAGUUUGGAUUAGAGGAAGCAGAAAAUGAUAUCUGUAGGUAUGAUUUUGUGGAAGUGGAGGAUAUCUCUGAAACCAGCACUGUAGUUAGAGGAAGGUGGUGUGGCCACAAGGAAACCCCUCCAAGGAUAACGUCAAGAACAAACCAGAUUAAAAUUACUUUCAAAUCCGAUGAUUACUUUGUGGCAAAACCUGGAUUCAGAAUUUAUUAUUCAUUUGUGGAAGAUUUCCAACCUGAAGCAGCCUCAGAAACCAACUGGGAAUCAGUCACAGGCCCUAUCUCUGGGGUGUCCUAUCACUCUUCAUCAGUAAUGGACCCCACGCUCACUGCUGAUGCUCUGGACAAAACAAUCGCAGAAUUUGAUACCAUAGAAGAUCUGCUUAAGCACUUCAAUCCAGAGUCUUGGCAAGACGAUCUAGAAAAUUUGUAUCUGGACACCCCUCAUUAUAGAGGCAGAUCAUACCAUGACCGGAAGUCCAAAGUGGACCUGGACAGGCUCAACGAUGACGUCAAGCGUUACAGUUGCACUCCCAGGAAUCACUCGGUCAAUCUGAGGGAGGAGCUAAAGUUGACCAAUGCAGUCUUCUUCCCGAGAUGCCUCCUCGUGAAGCGCUGUGGGGGCAACUGUGGUUGUGGAACUGUCAACUGGAAGUCCUGCACCUGCAGCUCAGGAAAGACGGUGAAAAAGUAUCAUGAGGUAUUAAAGUUUGAGCCUGGCCAUUUCAAGAGGAGGGGCAAAGCUAAGAACAUGGCUCUCAUAGAUAUCCAGUUGGAUCACCAUGAGCGGUGUGACUGUGUCUGCAGCUCAAGACCACCACGAUAA